AUGGCUGAACCGCGGAACACCAGCGCUACCGAGGAGCGUCGCGAUGGAGCUUCAUCAGACCUCGAGAAGCAGCAAAUCCCAAGCUCGGGCGUCGCCAGCGAGUCUGGUGAGAGCGAUGCGCAAGUCACGGAGAAGCCUGGCGCUCGCGUGGGCCUGACUUUGACGCAGUUCUGGAUUGUCAUCGUGGCGUUGAACAUGGGCAUGCUGCUCACCGCUCUCGAUUUCAACAUCGUGGCAACGGCUGUGCCCAUCAUCUCGUCGGAUUUCAAGGAAUACAGCAAUUCAUCAUGGCUCGGCACGGGAUUCCUCAUCUCAUUCGCUCUCGUUCUUCCCAUCUACUCGAAGCUCGGCGACAUGUUUGGUCGUAAGAACAUGUUCCUGCUCGGCACCCUCAUCUUCACCCUCGGCAGCGGCUUGUGCGGUGGCUCGAGCAGCAUGUCGAUGCUGAUCGCAUCCAGAUUGAUUCAAGGAAUUGGCGCUGGCGGCAUCUACGGGCUAGUGAAUGUCAUUGUGACGGAUCUGGUUCCACUCCGAGAAGUCGGCAAGUACCUGGCCCUUGCAGGCUUGGUGUGGGCAAUUGCGGACGUGGCGGGUCCUUUGCUCGGUGGCGCCUUUUCCCAAUACGUGAGCUGGCGCUGGUGCUUCUACAUCAACCUCUGCAUCGCCCCCGUCACCUUCGUCGUCAUCUUCAUUGUCCUGAAGCUCCCGGCCCCCAAACUAGACUUCAAGAAGCUCAAAAACUACGACUACCUCGGCACGCUCACUCUCUGCGGCGGCACGACCUGCCUGCUCCUCGGUCUCUCCUGGGGCGGCAACAACUUCCCGUGGAGCGACAGCCGCGUCAUCGGCUGCCUCGUCGGCGGGCCCGCGCUGCUUGCCGCCUUCGUCGUCGUCGAGCACUACGCCAAGGACCCGCUCAUCUUCCCCAGCAUGCUGCGCAGCCGCACCAUCAUCGCCAUCCUCGUGGCCGAGUUCUUCUACGGCGCCAACCUGCUCGGCCUCAUGUACUACGUGCCGCAGUUCUUCCAGCUCGUCUUCGGCGACUCGGCCACGCUGUCGGGCGUCGGCCUGCUGCCCAUGAUGCUGGGGCUGGCCAUCGGCAACCCCAUCGCCGCCGUCGUCACGUCCAAGUUCGGCAUCUCGCUGUACAACGCCGUGGCGGGCGCCGGGCUCGAGAUCCUGGCCAGCGGAUUGAUGACGCGCUGGAACGAGGGCACGUCGCGCGCCGAGGCCGUCAUCGUGCUGAUCAUCCUCGGUAUCGGCCAGGGCGCCGUCAUGUCCGGCUUGCUGCUGUCAUCUCAAGUCGCUGUGCCGCCCAUGCAGAUUGGCAUCGUCACCGGCCUCGUCAUCUUCAUGCAGACCAUCGGCGACAUCUUCGGCAUCGCCAUGUUCGCCGCCGCCUACGUCAACGAGCUGUCGGCCUCGCUCGCGCGCCUCGAUCUGACCCAGGAGCAGAUCACCCUCGUGCUGACUGAUGUGCAGGAGGUCAAGCACUUCGAGUCGGCCGACUUGAAGCAUGAGGUCGUCGAGGUCUAUGCCGAUUCCAUGCGAAACGGCUGGUGGUUGAUGUUUGCCUGCGCGUGCAUGAUCUUCGUGGCGUCUCUGUGCUCGAGGCAGCACAAGUUCGGCGCCAAGUGA